UUACUGAACAAUGUAUAUAUGCACAGGAUAUUAUAGUUGUGAACUAAUGUACUCUUCCAUGACCAUUAUUAAAGCUUGCACUGCCAGCAGUCCCCGGCCCAUAUAUUAGGUUGUAUUCACUUAACUGGUUAUUAAUUUUCGAAGGGUAUACAGUCAUUGCAUAGCAAUAUUGAAAAUGUCACACUAAAAAACGCUCUCGUAUAGCCAACAAACACUCAGCUGCAUGAUUGAGCACUUAGUUAUUAUCACAUUAAUUAUGACUCCGACGAGGAGAACAUAUAUUUACCGACUAGAAAAACAUUUGCAAUGUGAAAAAUUGCUAGGAUUGGCCAGGGGAACCACAAAAAAGCGUGGGAACAAGAAAUCAGACGAGAGCAUAACUCCAAUCCGUUACAACGUCAAUCACAUGUACUGGUAGUUUUCCCAUGUUUUCCCAGCCAAUAUGCCACGCAAUUUUUACUGGUAGAGUGAUGACCAAUCCCUAUAUAUAUUUAUUAUACAUCCAUUUUGGAAUGUGCAUGGGGCACAUAUAAUCAUGAUGAUUUGUGAUGAAUUGAUGUUCCUAAUACAUGCAGUGUUGAGCACAGGUUAGCCUCGACUCCAGCCCCUUGAAUAGUGGCCUUUCUCAACGGCUUGGAAUCGAGGCUAAGCACAGGUACACACAGUCCAUCCAUGCGUAGUAACAUGCACGGACCGUACUGGUGACCUGCAUGGAAUGAUGUGGUGGAUGGAAGCUGAUAGAUGGAUCUGGAACACAGUCUAUUAUUUAAUAUACUAUGUAUUGUACAUGUUCAUGAUGUUGUAACGGAUUGGAGUUAUGCUCUCGUCUGAUUUCUUGUUCCCACGCUUUUUUGUGGUUCCCCUGGCCAAUCCUAGCAAUUUUUCACAUUGCAAAUGUUUUUCUAGUCGGAUUCCCUUUCUUUUUCAGUACAGUUUACGUAUCAUGACAUGCAUAAGUGGAACGUCAAGAGGCAGUACAGAAGUUCAAGAAGAGAAGACAGGACUAAUCAGAUAUCUUCUCAAAUAUCUCUGGACUAAUAAUUAUAGUAUUAAAUGAGUAAUAAUUAUUGCUUGCAUGAUAUGUUGAAUUUGCGAAUCAGUAUUAAAUGACAGCCAUUUUAAGAGCAUGAUAUCUAGCCAGUGCAUAUAGCAUGCCUGUCAGAGAAAGGGAGCUAGAGCUGAACAGUGUGAAGAAAAGCAACACCUCAGGCUCUGGAAAAGCACUGCUGCACUGAUUUUAGGCGCACGGUUAAUAUUAGCCACGCCUAUCUAGAGUAAACCACUGAAGAUCAGCCACCAUGAUAAAUCGGCCGCUCGUACGCCAACACAGCACUUGCAAAUUGAUUUAUUUUUGCUACUAUAUAGAGCUCUUGAUGUGAUGUUCCUAUGAACCAAACAAGACUUGCAACCAACGUUGUGUUCCUGAGUUAGAGUUAACUUUCCAGCGCUGCCGAAAGUACAUAUAUUCAGCCAAUUGCAUGUAUUUCUGGCACAACGAUCUUCUCUAGAGUAAGGAGACACGAUCCAGCUAAGAUUAACUUCUAGUAGUAGCUAACUAUGUCUACUAGCUGCAUGCAAAAUAUGAAACUCUGUGGUGCAGCUGUUCUACUACUAGCCACGCUUUUUUCUCACAAAAUCUACUGAUUGAAAUUCGGCCACACCCAUUGCUUUCAAAACUAUCUUGCCACAUGGAUAAAUCGAAAGUGCUACUGUGUGAGACGUGUUUCCAGGUACUAGGUGCUUCUAGGCUCGCUUCUAGGUUACAUAUGGCUGAAGUACCGCUAAAAGAAAGAAUAUUUUAUAGCCGUACUAAGAAAGCUGCGACUGUAUGUGAAGUUAACUCAAAAAAUCGCCCACCCUCAUACAAGCAUUGGGAUUUGAAAACCGUAAGCACUGCUUGUUCAGCUAUUAGAAAUGGUACGUUGAGUCAACGACGUGCUGCUGAAGAAUAUGGUAUUCCUAGGUCCACACUGGGCGAUUACUAUCGAGGAAGCACUCUUCCUGGUGCCAAAAGUGGCCCAAACAAGUAUCUCUCUGAUGCAGAAGAAGCAGAACUGACCAGGUUCUUGAUUAGAUGUGCCUCUGUUGGCUUUCCUAAAACCAGAAGUAAUGUAAUUGCAAUUGUGCAAAGAGUGUGCGACCGUAAAGGAGUCAAGGUCACAGUCACUCAUGGUUGGUAUGAAAGCUUCACAAAGCGACACUCGGAACUAGUUUUGCGAAUUCCUGCUAAAUUGUCUGUAGCAAGAGCAAAAGCCACGGAUGGAGUGAGUGUUCAGACUGGGAGAAAGACUGAGACAGCUCCAGACGACCAAGCUCCUGUCGUUGUCGUUGACCCUAAGAGCCCAGUGAAAAGCAGCGGGGAAAGUGCUACAAGGAACGUAAAAUCUACGCCCUUUAGUACACGUGCUGGUGACUCGAAGGCAUAUAAGGUACACUUUCAAGUAUCCAAUGAAUCAUUGCUUGAUGACUCAGAAACAAAUCCGUGCUUAAAAGAUUGGGUUAGUGAUCUUGGUCUCUCUCUUUAUGAGAAACAAGCCCUUCAACGUAAUGCUUGGCUGUCAGCAAAUCAUAUUUCUGCUGCAAAUAUGCUGCUCAGAAGAGAAUUCCCUCAUCAAAACGGACUUCAAGAUACUAUGUACUUGCUUGAAAAUCUCCAGUGGAGAUCGUCAGCUCAUGAAUUUGUGCAAAUAAUUCAUGUUGGAGGAUUUCAUUGGGCGUGCUUAUCAAAUAAAUUAUCAUCUGAUGCAAGUAAAAUACAGCUGUAUGACAGUCUUCACAUAGAACCUGGCCCUACCAUUAUUGAACAGUCUUGCACGAUUCUCCAUUGUAUGAAAGACCGUUUCACAAUCCAAGUUGUGAAUGUUCAACUUCAGUAUACUGGUGAUUCUUGUGGUUUGUUUGCCAUCGCUAUGGCUUAUGAUUUAUGUUCUGGUCGAAACCCUUUGAAAAUCAGCUACGAUGAAUCGAUGAUGAGAGUUCUUCAUCUGGAGCGUUGCUUCAACAAUCGUGAACUGUCACGCUUCCCACGAGCUGCAAAAAAAAGGGAUUGCCCCAAGACAAUAGUCGCAAAAACGCAGGUUCCUGUAUACUGUAGUUGCCGAUAUUCUGAUGUGGAAGUCACAUCGAGGUUUGGGGAUAUGGCGUCAUGUGACAGUUGCAGUAAAUGGUACCACCAGGAUUGCGAAAACAUUCCGAACGCUGUUUUUAAUGAUACUCAAAAAACAUGGUUUUGUAUGUCGUGUAGCCAGUAAUAAUAAUAAUAUUGUUUUUAUGUUCUUUUUGUAGUCUAUUUUGUCUAUUUUGUCUGUGUUACCAUAUAAUCGUUGAGGAUUGC